AUGGUCAAGCUCGCUCUGUGGAUGCCCUUGCUCUCGCUUGCAGCCUUCGCUGUGACAAGUCCCGUCCAGAGUUCCCCUGACGGCAGAGACUUGAGGUCACCAGACAGCCAGGAUGAGAACCUUUCCGAGAAGAAAGAGCGUGUCAAGUCCGCGAUUUCAGAAGGCAUCAUGUUUGUCUCUGAUCUCACCAUCAAGGCCAUCGACUCAUUCCCUCAAGAACUCACCGACUUCGUCUACACCAUCCUCGAUGACUUGAACGUCGCCGUCAACCAAGAUGACAUCGACAACAGUGACCAUGCGAACGAAACGGCUGACUCUGGGAUCAGAGACUUGAAAUCACCCGACAGCCGUCCUGAGAGCAGUCCCUACAAGAAAGCGAUCAUCAAGUCCACCGCUUCAUACUACAUCGGCGUCGUUCAUAAUCAAAUCAAAUGGGAAAUCGACCAAUUAUCUGAAAAACCCUUCAACUUCUUCUAUGGUCUCCUCUCAGCCUUGGAUUUUUCUAGACUCAAGGACUUUCCUCAAGGACUCCCCCUCUUUAUCAACGGCAUCAAAGAAUACGUCUUCGAAUUCUUUGAGAUUGAAAAGACUCCUACCGAACGCGAUUCCGCCCAGACCCCUGCGUUCGAAACAUUCAACAGUGCCACGGAAUUGAUCAAACAAAUGAUCGCAAGCAAUUUCGGGAUCGACUUGACACAGGCGUUCCACGAAGCCAUCCCUGAGGGCGUCAUGGAGAAGUCCUUUGCAGACUCCAACGACAACAACGACACCCGCGAAGUUGAAUUCACCGCAACGGAAGCCCACUCUUCAUCCUUGGUGGAGGAAUGUGCGCCCGGGCACAAGCUGCAUGACUCCUGCGCCCCAGUCUACAAGAUCAAGCUGCAAUGGUUCGUCGACAUCCCCCCAAACUCUGCAGACCCCCUUGCCGAAAGACUAACCCGUCCGCCCUCUCCCAACCAGAACAAGGACGCAAGCUAUACGUACGUGCACAUGCACCGCGCGCGCGACGCCGACCUCUUUGAGGACUUUUGCAAGGACAGGCUGCCGGACGACGAGGUGUACGUGCCGCCGCAGCACCAGCCGAUCAACCCGGAGGACGAGGACGACGUGGUGCCGGACCAGCACGCGGCGUUUGGCAUCACCAAGGCGACGCAGCGGCAGAAGGAGGCCGCGUGGAAGGAUCUCGGGCUGUCGGGCUUGAUGAACCGCGGGCCGCCGAUUGUGAAGGGCAAGGGUGCUGCGGGAGGUAGCCGGAUGCCGCGGUGA